AAAUAAGAAAAAAAAAAAAAAAAAAAAACCCAAGGGAGAGAGCCUCCUCUCAGUAGCCUCCCGUGAUCGAAGAAGGAGAUGAAAGGCAAAGCGAAGAGAUCUAAAGUAAAGUUAGGGCUUCAAAUCGUUGUCAUCUUGUGCUUCCUCUUUCUUCUCGCUGGUUUUUUCGGCUCCACUCUUCUCUCUCAGGGUGUGCCUAGGGUUAGUCCAAGGUUGAGAGGGCGUGAAUUGGUCGACGGGGAAGAGGAUGAGCUGACGCGGGGUUCGAUGCCGCACGGUAGAACUGGAGAGGCUUUUGUUAAAUCGAUUCCUUUUCAGGUUUUAAGUUGGAAACCACGAGCUCUCUACUUCCCAAAUUUUGCAACCGCUGAACAAUGUGAAACCAUAAUUAAAAUUGCAAAGUCAAACCUUAAACCAUCACUUUUGGCUUUGCGAGAGGGGGAAACUGCUGAGAGCACCAAGGGCACUAGGACAAGCUCAGGAACAUUUGUUAGUGCGUCAGAAGAUGAAACUGGAGUCUUGGACCUUAUUGAGAAAAAAAUUGCUCAGGCCACUAUGCUUCCUCAAACUCAUGGAGAGUCAUUCAAUAUAUUGCGGUAUGAACUUGGGCAGAAGUAUGAUUCUCAUUAUGAUGCAUUCAACCCAGCUGAGUAUGGCCCACAACAGAGCCAAAGGAUUGCUUCCUUCUUGUUGUAUUUAUCCACUGUAGAAGAAGGCGGAGAAACCAUGUUUCCUUUUGAGAAUGGCUCGAAUAUAGGUACGAGCUAUGAUUACAAAAAGUGCAUAGGUUUAAAAGUGAAGCCACGGCAAGGGGAUGGGCUUCUAUUUUAUUCAGUGUUUCCAAAUGGCACAAUUGAUCGGACAUCUCUUCAUGGAAGCUGUCCAGUGAUCAAAGGAGAGAAAUGGGUGGCUACAAAGUGGAUUAGAGAUCAAGAACAAGAGGACUAGGCAUUAUUUUGUGCAGCAUUCAUUUUUGCCCAGACUGUUCAUCAUCAGAAUGCCCAUUUUGAUCAUGACUUUAUCAUCAUCAAAAUCAAGAGGACUUUUUCAACUAUUUUCUUGUAGAGAGCGACAAUUCCAUUGCCCAUUGGUGUACAGUUUAGAUGAAUACAGAUGUCAAAAUGGGGGACAUGCCACUCAAGAAAGAAACAAGACUUUCAAAUGUCUAAUUGUAUUUUCUUAGUUUUCUACUCUCUCAUGGGUCUCAUUCAUUAAAUCACUUGUGAUUUUGUGGAA